ACCGCGGUCCGUGAAUCGCAUUGGGCUCCGAGGCGGGCGCCGUGCACGAGGUUCCCACGCCGGACCGAGCUCUUUAAGCGUUCCGGACACCACCCCUUCCCUCCCUUCUACCUUCUCACCGCACGCACUUGGUCACCGAGCGCAUCCUGACAUUCUCCACUGGAGGGAGAAGGGGAGAUAGAGGUGCACAUUAGGAGGAGGAGGAGGAGGAGGAGGAGGUGACGGAGAAGAGACGGGCAGCGGCAGAUCAGCUGGAAUCAGUCGGCAGACAAGCAGUCAGGCUGCACUCUCCUCCUCUCGGCGCCGCCAGAGCACACUGGACUGAAACCACCCGCGACCCACCGCGAGGCGGAUGAACGGAGAUCUGCACGAAGCUCGUGUCCAGGAGGUCCUGCAGCAGAUCGACACCUUCAAGGAAAAACAGUGACGUCCUCUAAUGAAAAUGGUGGGGCUGUAAACCAGCAGUGAUCAGAAAACAAGUUCCAUGUUGCAUGUGCUGAAAUAGACCCAUCUGUUCAGAGAGCCAAGAUCUUCUGGGUUUCUGACUAAUCAUGGCGAAAGCGUAUGAAUUUAAUUGGCUGAAACCGGUGCAGCAGUUUCUGCAAGAUGGAACACAGUUUGACCGAUACGAAGAGGACCCCUUUGUGUUUGAACCUAGUUGCCUUUUUAAAGUGGAUGAAUUUGGUUUCUUCCUGACAUGGAAAAGUGAAGGAAAGGAAGGCCAAGUUUUAGAAUGUUCUUUGAUCAACAGCAUUAGAACUGGAUCAGCUCCCAAGGACCCCAAAUUAAUAAGUGCAUUGGAAGCUGCUGGGAAACUUGACAAUGACUUGGAGGGGCGCAUCGUGUGCAUCUGCAGUGGCACAGACCUGGUCAACCUCAACUUUAUUUAUAUGAUAGCAGACAGUCCCGAAACAGCUAAGCUCUGGAAGGAAGGUUUAUCAUCUGCGAUUCACAACUUUAGAGCCAACAAUGUCUGCCCGAUGACUUGCUUAACAAAGCAUUGGAUGAGGUUAUCAUUUUUGACCAAUACAAAUGGCAAGAUCCCAGUCAGAAGCAUAACCAGAACAUUUGCUUCAGGAAAGACAGAAAAAGUCAUUUUUCAGGUGCUCAAAGAACUAGGACUUCCCAGCGGAAAGAAUGAUGAGAUUGAGCAUUCAGUUUUUACUUUUCAAAAAUUUUAUGCACUGACACAAAAGAUCUGCCCUCGGACUGACAUAGAAGAACUUUUUAAAAAACUCAAUGGCGACAAAACCAAUUAUUUAGAAGUAGACCAGUUAGUCAGCUUUCUGAAUGAAAAUCAACGAGACCCACGGUUGAAUGAAAUUUUGUUUCCUUUCUACGAUCACAAAAGAGCCAUGCAAAUAAUUGAAAAUUUUGAACCAGAUGAAGAUCUAAAGCGAGAAGGUCGAAUGUCAAGCGACGGAUUUUGCCGAUAUCUAAUGUCAGAUGAAAACGCCCCCGUCUUCCUCGACCGCCUGGAGUUGUAUCAAGAAAUGGACCAACCUUUGGCCCACUAUUUUAUAAGUUCCUCGCAUAAUACGUAUCUCAUCGGCCGACAGUUUGGAGGAAAGUCAUCCGUGGAAAUGUACCGGCAGGUUCUUUUGGCGGGAUGCAGAUGUGUGGAACUGGACUGUUGGGAUGGAAAGGGAGAAGAUCAAGAACCAAUAAUCACCCACGGGAAAGCCAUGUGCACCGAUAUUCUUUUUAAGGAUGUAAUUCAGGCCAUUGCGGAAACAGCGUUUGUAACUUCCCAGUAUCCAGUCAUUCUUUCAUUUGAAAAUCACUGCAGCAAAUCGCAGCAAUACAAAAUGGCAAAAUACUGUGAAGAGAUAUUUGGGGAUCUACUAUUAAAGCUGCCUCUGGAAGGUUUCCCAUUGGAACCCGGACAAAAUUUGCCUUCUCCUAAUGACUUGAAAAGAAAAAUUCUCAUAAAGAAUAAAAGGCUGAAACCUGAAGUUGAGAAGAAACAAUUCGAUGCUUUUAGAAGGCUGCAAGAGGGUGGAGAAGCAGCCACACCAUCUAACAUCCUAGAAGACGAAAUCGAAGAGGAAACAGAAAACACUUGCAGCACCCCAGCCUGUGUUGACAUAGAAGAAGAAGCUCACCCAGAACUGAAGUUUGGGGAACUGUCCUCCAGUGAUUUGAGUCAAACUGAAAAACUUCUCAGUAGUGUGGAGAAAGUUACUGAAGAUGAGAUAACUGAAGCAACAGAGAUCUCAGAAGUUACAGAUGUGAUUGAAUCUGAAAGCAUCAAAAAGGCUGGAAUAUCCAUAGAAGAUGAGCAAGCAUUGAUUACAUCUUAUAAGUAUGUUGGCGCAACAACGAACAUCCAUCCAUAUCUGUCAGCAAUGAUUAAUUACGCGCAGCCAGUCAAGUUUCAAAGCUUUGAUGCGGCAGAAGAUAGGAACAUCCAUUACAACAUGUCUUCUUUCAAUGAAUCGGUUGGACUGGGGUAUCUGAAGACUAACGCCAUCGAAUUUGUGAAUUAUAACAAACGACAAAUGAGUCGAAUCUACCCCAAAGGGGGCCGAGUGGAUUCCAGUAAUUACAUGCCUCAGAUCUUCUGGAACGCUGGCUGCCAGAUGGUCUCCCUGAACUACCAAACCCCAGAUUUAGCUAUGCAGCUAAACCAGGGCAAAUUUGAAUAUAAUGGAUCAUGUGGCUACUUACUGAAGCCAGACUUCAUGCGCCGGCCAGACAGAACCUUUGACCCCUUCUCAGAAACGCCUGUCGAUGGUGUCAUUGCAGCUACUUGUAGUGUUCAGGUUUUUUCAGGUCAAUUUUUAUCUGACAAAAAGAUCGGGACAUAUGUGGAAGUAGACAUGUAUGGGUUGCCAACAGACACCAUCCGGAAGGAGUUUCGAACAAGAAUGGUGAUGAACAAUGGUCUCAAUCCGGUGUACAAUGAGGAGCCAUUUGUGUUCAGGAAGGUCAUCCUGCCAGAUCUUGCAGUUCUUCGGAUUGCCGUCUACGAUGACAACAGCAAGCUCAUUGGUCAGAGGAUCCUUCCUCUGGAUGGUCUUCAGGCAGGAUACAGACACAUCUCACUGCGAAAUGAAGGCAACAAACCUCUGUCGCUCCCGACGAUAUUUUGUAACAUUGUGCUGAAAACAUACGUUCCCGAUGGAUUUGGAGCCAUCGUCGAUGCUCUGUCCGACCCAAAGAAGUUUCUGUCAAUCACAGAAAAGAGGGCUGACCAGAUGAGAGCGAUGGGAAUAGAAACGAGUGAUAUUGCCGAUGUGCCAAAUAAUAAUUCCAAAAACGACAAGAAAGGCAAAGUCAACCAAGUGAAAGCAAGCGUGACACCAAAGAGCAGCUCGGAAUUGAGACAGAACUCGAAUUCUGGCCUGGGAGGCAGCAAUGACACCAAGAAAGACCCGGCCGCUCUCGUACCUCAAGUGAACAUUGAGGAUUUGAAGCAAAUGAAGACUUACCUUAAAUUACUAAAGAAACAGCAAAAAGAACUCAAUGCACUGAAGAAAAAACAAACCAAGGAUCUCAAUUCCGUACAGAAGUCGCACUGCACGCAUGUAGACAAGCUCGUCGCCCAACACGACAAAGAAAAACUUUAUUACGAGAAGCUGCUUGAAAAGGCAAUCAAGAAAAAGGGAGAAAACAACUGCCUGGAAAUGAAGAAGGAAACGGAAGCCAAAAUCCAGAAGCUGUCCUCAGAGCAUAAAAUAAAGGUAAAAGACAUUGUUUCUCAGCAGACAAAGGAAUGGACAGACAUGCUCAACACACACAGCAAAGAGGAACAGGAACUGAGGGAACCACAUUUGGCGCAGCAGUGGGAGCACCUCAGGAAACUCUUAGUGGCCGCACAAGAACAGCAGACCCAGCAACUCAAGCUCAUCCAUGACAGGCAGAGCAAAGAGAUGCGGGCAAAUCAGGCCAAGACUUCCAUGGAGAACGGCAAAGCGAUCAGCCAAGAUAAAUCGAUCAAAAUUAAAGCGGAACGGGAAAGGAGAGUCAGGGAAUUGAAUAGCAGCAAUACCAAGAAGUUCCUGGAGGAACGGAAAAGGCUGGCCAUGAAGCACUCCAAAGAAAUGGAGCAACUUAAGAAGUCUCAACUGGAGCAGCUAGAAAGUCUCGAGAAGCAAAACGAGCAGCUUUUGAAUUCACCUCAUGCAGUGUCACACAAUCAAGGCAAAGGAGAUGCAGCAGAUGGUGAAGCUGGAAGCAGAGAUGGGCCGCCGACCGGCCACAGUAGUCUGAAGCCUCCCCAAGCUCUUUGAAUCUGCCAAGAAGAAGCAGCGGCAGCAGCAGCACUCACUCUACCACCGCUUCAUCAUGUCCAUUCUGCUCCGAUUUCUGUUCUCCAACUAGCGCGACUGGACCGCCAGUCGUCUUGCCAUUGAGACAGCAUUUCCAACACACCACCGCAGCUCUUUGGGUACCGAAUUUCCUUUCCAUGUUACUGACUGUUAUAAAAGGUCCGAAGGGAAACAAAAAACAAAAAGGUGCUGCCAUCCAACACUCCACGUAGGGAGGAGAAGACGUUUAGGUUCAUUUCUGACUUUUUGUGACCCUUUGUAGUAAGCAGGGGACAAAGUAGUAGAACUAAGGGGACUGGUUAUUCAGCCAGCGUCCAUUUUUCCUUCAACUUGUGCAUCAGUUUUAAAAAGGCCGAAGAGGCUGAGCAUGGUUUUAUCAAGUGAAAAUUCUUUUUAUUAUUUUUAUGACUAGAUUCGGUGACGUGUUACAUUAAGUGCCUGUCAUUAUAGUGUCCUUACACUGUGAUUACUCAUUAUUUACCUGCGGUGGCUGCCGUAUACUUACUAGGUAACAAUUGGAGAAGAAACGUUACAUUUUUUUCCACAAACUUGCAGUAUACCUACAUGCUAGUCAUAUAAUAAAUACGUAGACGGGUAAUUAUACCGAUUAAUUUCAGUGUAAGUGCACUGUAACGGACACUUCUUGUAAUGCAUUGCCUUCGAUUUUCAUUACCCAUUAGACAACGGCAUUAAAGGGAAAAUGCAAUGCUGAGCAAAGCAGGUGAUAAAUGUACAUAACGUUCACCCCGGUGCUGGUUUACUUCCAAAAUCUCGUCAAAUAUUCAAACGUUUUUGUUUUGUUUUUGUUUUUUGAAUCGCCAAUGGCAUUUCAAAUCUGAGGGGGGCAUUUGUUUUUAUUUCUGUUUAAAUAUUUUAGAGAAUUUUAGGUGAAUUUUCUCACUUUAUUUUUUAACUAAAAAGAAAAAAACAAAGAAAUAGAGCUUUAUUUUUGGAAAUUCGUAAUUGCUUUAGGCAACAUGUGCAAAAAUGUCUCGUAAAACCAGUCGACAGACUCCAUGGCCAGACGCUCAACGAUUGUGUGACAUGUCCGAAGCACUUUAUCGAUAUUUUGGCUGUGAAAAACGUGUAAAAUUUACCCUUCCUUGUUGUGGUAUAACACAAAACACAAUCUCGUUUUCACAACGUUUAACGGAUCUGUAUUCUUGUGCUGUUAUUGUAUUUUUAACACGUUUCACGUUUGAAUGUUAAAGGGUAAGGGUUGUUAGGUGGGAUGGGGAAAUAUGAAAUAAUUAAAUAAUAUAUAUAUAUAUAUAUAUAUUCAUAUAUACAAAUAGAUGAUUAUUUAUGGAGAAAAUAUAUAAUCCUGUUAGGGUAUCAAUUAAUAGGUUGCUGUAUUUAUUACCUCAUCACGACGAAUUUUAUGAUAUUUGAUCAAACUGACAUUCACAAAAUGCGCAUUGUGGUGCACUUCUCAUUAGUGUAAAGCUCCCAGACAGUUCAUAUUCCAUUUAUAUUGAAAAACGGAUUGAGGUGCAACUUCCAAGUCAUUUAAACAUAGAAAAAGGCAUGGACCGGCUCCUCAGAAGAACUACGGGUGAGGAAAACACCCUCAAUCCAUUGAUCGAACGCACCUUCCCUGGACCCGUUCUUCAUUCGACAUGUAGAAUCCCAAUAUUUUCUUGACACUCUUACAAAGGCUCUAGUUUUUGAUGAUGAUUCUUAAAAAAAUUUUGUCAAUUAACAUCUAAAAAAGUAAUUGUCACAAAACUCGAUAUGGAAAUGUCCGACUAAACGACACCUUAAUUCACCAGAAGCCGCCUCGAUUGACGGAAACGUAUGCUCAUGUUUAUCAAGGCGCCUGAAUUAUUCAUAAUGAAUCUCACAAUCGUUUGUUGCCCGGGUUGAUGACUUGAGGAAAACGAGAGCAUGACGAGUAUUUGUGGAUUUCUCGAAAAAAUGUUUAUUGUGAUGUUUACAGUACAUUAUUGUACAAGUCAGGUGUGCCAUUGAAAUGGCCGAUAAACUCCGUCAUCCUAUCAGAUGGUGGCAUUCUAUGACGGUGGGGUCGAGAUCCGGGUUAAUGUAAAGCAUUCAGAGCCACCUCCUCUUUUGUCACGUUUUCUUAGGUUGCAGCCUUGGGUUCAGAUUGUGUAAAUUUGUCAUCAGGUAAACCUCCAUUCCCCAGAAUGACAAAAUAAAAGCAGGAUUUGGGUCAUUUUUUCAAAUCGCUUAAGAAUAAAAAUGGAAACACCACGAGGAACUAAGUAUUCAGACCCUUCACUCAGAAGCCCCUUUGGCAGCAACUCUAGCCUGGAGACUUCUUGGAUUUGACACAAUAAUCUCCCAUCCGAAUUUGGGGAUUUUCAGCCAUUCUUCUGGACACCGUUGGUGGAUGUCUGUUUUCUGGUCUCCCCAAUUGGUCUCAAUUCUGGGCUAUGGGUGGGCCACUCGAGAACAUUCCCAGUCCUGUGUUGUCUUUGCUUUGUCCUGUUGGAAGGUGAACCUCAGGUCCCCAGCGCUCUGCAGAAGGUUUUCAUUAAGGAUAUCACCUUACUUUGCUCAGUUAAUCUCAAAGUUCCUGCCACUGAAAAACAACCCCACAGCAUGAUGCAUCCACCACCAUUUUUCACCGUUGGUAUGGUAUCGCACAGGUGAUGAGCAGUGCCUGGUUUCUUCCAGACGUGACAUGUAGAACUGACGUCAAACACUCCAACAUCGGUUUCGUCAGACCAGAGACUCUUGUUUCUCAUGGUCUGAGAGUCCUUUAGGUGCCGUUUUGCAAACUCCCAGUGGAUGUUCAUGUGUUGUUUGGGCAUUUGGUGGAGUAGUUGUCCUUCUGAAAGUUUCUCCCAUCUCCACAGAGGUUGUCUGGAGCUCAACCAGACUGACCAUCAAGUUCUUGGUUACCUCUCUUAUCAAGGCUCUUCUCCCCAGAUUGUUCAGCCAGUUUUAGGAAGAGUUGUACUUUUUCCAAACUUCUUCCGUUUAAGAAUUAUAGAGGUCAAUUUGUUAAAAGGCCUAGAGUAGUAAAGUGUUACAGUUGUGGGUGACCUUCCAGAGGUUUCUCCCAUCUACACAAAGAUUGUCUAGAGCUCAGAGAGAGAGAGAGAGAUUGGCCAUCAAGUUCUCGGUCACCUCUCUUACUAAGGUCCUUCUGCUUCCAGAUUGCUUAGUUUGGCCAGAGAACCAUCUCUAGCGAGAGGUGCAGUUGUCCCAAAUUUUGUCCAUUUAAGAUUUCAUGGAGGCCACUGUGCACUUGGGGAUCCUCAGUACUGCAGAGAUGUUUUUGUUGCCUUCCCCAAAUCUGGGACUCAGCACAAUCCUGUCUCCAAGCUCUUCAGGCAGUUCCUUCAAUCUCAUGGCUUUGGUUUUCCUAAUCAACCCAAUUAACUGAAUUGUCCACAGGUGGACUCCAAGCAAGGUGUAGAAACGUCUCAGUGAUGAUCAAUAGAAUGGGGUGCACCUGAGCCAAAUUUCAAGUGUCUGCAUAGCUGUGUCAAUGUCACAUUUCAGGUUUUUAGUUAGAAUAGAAUCAGGUGUGCCUGAGCCAAAGCAAAGGGUCUUGAGUACUUGACAUUUCCACUUUUGAAUUUCAAUACGUUUGCAAAAAUUCCUAAAAAUCGUGUUUUUGGUUUGCCAUUCUGAGGAGUACUGAGUGUUGGUUGAUGCUGGGGAAAAACUCAAUUGAAACGAUUUGACCAGAAGGCUGCAACAAAACAAAAUGAAGGCACUGCACACGCACGUUUUCAAAUGCAGCUUGUCAAAUGAUGUCCGUCUUCGAUUCCCUGGAUCUGAGUUCGAAAUGGGGAUUGAGUGUGAUCACGACUUCUGCGUGCAGCACGCUUACACUGACUCCCUCUGUUUUUUUUUUUACCACAAAAGAAGACAUUUUUGCCGUCACUGUAUAUAAGGACGCUUGCAGAAUGAGCGCCGUGUCAUAAAGGAAGGCAUCUUUACCGUAAGGACAAUGAGAAAUUAGCUUCAUUUCUAACUUUGGGAAGUGGCAAGGAUCUUCUGACGUGAUCUGUCCGGUUAGUAGAAAAAUAUUUAGCUGUUUCUUCUUUUAUUAUUUAUUCUCCUUGGAAUAUAUUAAUUUAUAAGAAAUUAAGUUUACAAGUUUUAAUGGAAAUACUAGCUAAUUGCAAGGGAAAAACAUUUUAUAAACAGUAUGUUUGUAGCAUUUAACUUGGAAUUUAGGGGGCAAAGUGGUGGAUUGGUUAGUGUGUCUGCCCGACAUUGUCCGGCCACCGCUUGCGGUACUUUGUAUAGGUUUAUCCCCAGGAACACAUCCCAAAGAUGAAGACAUUUUGUUCAUCAUUAACUGUAAAGGAACUUGACAUGAGUGACGUACUGGCAUCCUGCUCAGGACUGGAUCCUGCUGUGUGCCCAGUGCUGCCAGUAUAGUCACUGGUUCCACUCAGGCCUAAAAUGGAAUAAAUGGACUCGCAAAAUAAAUUAAAUUUGGAGUUUAUGGCAGAACUUCACAACCUUUUAAAUAAAUGGCAGUCCCCCCCCCCACAUCACCAUUACUCCCAUUAAACUGGGUGGAGUUUGCUAGUCCAGGAGGUGUGGUCUUCUUCGUUUUAUUAUUUAGUCUUCAGGUGAUGUGCUGGUCUGUGGUGGUGAAGACAUGAUGAUGAAGACAUGGCUCAUGUUUUACCGGUCCAUCUACAUCCUCACCUGUGGUCAUGUGCUGUGAGUAAUGGCCAAAAGAAUGAGCUUGCGAGGAAUGAGGCUUCUUCACGUGGCCACAGCGCUGACUAUCCAUCAUAGGAUGAGAAGGUCCGAUACUCAAGAGAGUCUCACAGUAUAAGUAGACUUGCUGCUCCUGCUGAUGGAGAUGAGCCGUUCGAGGUCAUGUUGGGCAUGUUGUUAGGAUGUCCCCCCAGUAUGGCUCUUACUCAACUUGCUCCGGACACAUCCAACCAGGUGGAGAACCUCCGGUAGACCCAGGACACACUGAGGAGGGAGGUCAGUCUGGCUCACUGCUGCUAAGGCCCACACCUGGAAAAACAGCUUGAGAGGAUGAGAUGAGAUAUUAAAUCUUUACUGCGUAAAAUGAGGCACAUAUACAGAAAAAUCCAUGAAAUUCUAACAUGGCGUAGAAGUCCGAAAGGGUUAUGGGACCAAACGUUAGGGUCGGAAAUUCUAUACAUCAAAAGCCAUAACAUUCAACAUUGGGACACAGUUUCUUUUUUAUUCGACAGAAGGUAAGACUGAAGUCUGAAGUGUCAAACUGCCUUUUCAGGCCUUUAAAAUGACACCAGUCCACCAAAGGUUUAUGGUUUUCCUCCCCCUUGAAGGGCAUUUUUUGUAUAUUGGGACUUUUGGACGUUGAAAGCCCUUUGGAUUUUGCGCAUCGUGGAUAUGGAAGGAAAUCAGAACACCGUCUGGGAUUAUGGGAAAUGUGUAAAGUAAACUCCACACAGACUAUGACUAGGUUGACGACUUAAUUACGUUUUCACAAUUUCAAUGAUUUUGCCCUGAAAUUUGCCCUGUGCAGGUGGUAGAUUGGAUGAUGUUUUUGUCCUCAGCGUAACGCUGGGUUUUCCAGUCCGUUUUGACCCAAAUUGGACCUUAGUAAAAUUUUCAUCUGGUGAAAUUUGCCGAAACAAACAUUUUGGAUGAAGCUGCCGUAUCUGAGAUGGAGAGUAAGAGUCUGAGGCAUUUGGCACAUUACACGAUUUCUAGUCAGCGAGGACCUCAGACGUAAUGACUUUAGCUGCGAGAUCUCAUGUGUUCGUGGGUGUCAGAUUACAAAUUAUAUGACUUGCAUGCAGACUUGUCAGCCCAUUUCCAAAGUAUCACGAGAUUGCCGCAUUACGACAGCCAAUGACGUCCUGCCUUUGCCCGUACAAAGGCCUUCCAGGUACGACCAGUUCAGUCGCAGUCCCUUCCCUUUUAUUUUCCCUUUUUUCUGCUCUGUCAUUAUGCAACAAACAUGAGACAUCAGACAGACGAGCCUCUCUUCUGUUUGCACAGUCGGAAGUGCCGGUGGCUCUUCUUGCCACGGGACCACCUUGUAUGCAUUGUACUCCUGGGUAAGUGUUCAUUGGCUGUCAGCUCUUGUGCUGCGUUUCCAUGCUCUUGGAUGAUUUGGAGCUUUGAGUUGUGACGUUUCCCACUUGAGUGCGUUCACACGGGUUUCCUGUCAGACUAUUCAGAGAAAUUUGUAUUUGAUUCUAGUUGUUGAUUUGAUGCCAAAAAAAAGCAAUUAAAGAUCAAUGGCACUUUUUGUAGAAAUAAAGAACAAAAUAGACAUAUUAAAUGUGUUAUCACUUCAUCCCAAAUAUGAUUUGACCACAAAAUGGCAUCUCUGGCUGACCAGGUUGCAUGCUUUGUUUUGUCCAAGUGACUAAUGUGAAAGUCAACGUUUUGUCACCAUUCCGGUUGCUUUGUUUUCUCGUAAUUACCCGACUUGUAACUUUGAGUCUGCAGCGCCUUCACGUUGAAUUUCUGACUUGCACAAGCCAACCCCACGACUUAAGGGGUGUGUCCCUGAUGGAAAGGGCGGAGCCUUCAUAGGGACCCGUGGGUGGGGUCAGGCGCUGAGGUUCUUCUUGAUACUGUGGGUGGACGAGAGAUAGAAUGGUCAGCGACAGCACCUCCACCUGGUCUGGAGGUGGAAUGGCUUACCUCGGUUAAGCCCUCGAUGUGGUCCCCAGGCACACAUGCGUCACAAGGGUUAAAUAUUUUUUUGGACCGUUUUGUCCCACCAUUAUGCUUUUCUAACGCUCCCGUCAUCAGGGUAAAGGAGCUGUGACUUCUGAGGUUGUUACCAAAGGUCCUCAUGAAAUUCAUUUCAUCAUGUGAGCUGCAGAUUCAAACCCCUUCACUAAUUCCUCUUUUCAAACUCUUUACGCUAAACGAAAUUCUAGUUUGUGACUUCUUUACUCUCGCUGUUCUGACCACAAGUUUUAUCUCUCGUUUUCGCUUUGACACUCGUACUUUUUGAUCUCCCGCCAUUGACCCUCUGAUGACUUUUGUCUUAUUUUUCCCGCCUCAUUUUCAAACUCUGUCCGCUUGCAGACAUUUUCACAGAUGUUUUGAUUUUACCGUCUGCUCAAAUAGCUGGCGUAACACAUUGAAGGAGUAUAGAGACACAACCAGUCAAAACUUUUAGAACCCCUCCAUGUUUUCGUCUUUUUAUUCAAAUGAAUGUACCUCAGGUCUAUUGAAUAACCUGAAAUGGUGCCAAGGUACGCACUACACUGCCACAAGUUGAAAAACAAAAAAUAACUUUGCUCACCAAAAACUGAAAAAUAAUAUAUAUGUAUAUAAAUACUAUAUAAAAACCACGCUUAUAUUAAGUUAAAAAGUGUACUAAAAAAGUAAAAAAUAAGUCUCACAUACAUCACUCGUAAAAUAAAAGUGUGGGCUCUUUUCCUAAGAUUUUAUUGAUUGAUGAAAAGCGCCCACCCUUUUAUUUUACGACUGAUGUAUGAGAGAUUUAUUUUUAACUUUUAACUUUAGUGUGGUUUUUAAAAAGUAUUUUAUUCUAUAUAUAUUAUUUUCAACUUUUUAGUCUUUGGUUUGUUUUAGUAUAAUUUUUGUAAUCAAUAUUUUAACACUUCCUUUAAUAUUUCUAUCUAUCUAUCUAAUCCUGCCAACUACACUAUCUAUCUAUCUAUCUAUCUAUCUAUCUAUCUAUCUAUCUAUCUAUCUAUCUAUCUAUCUAUCUAUCUAAUCCUGCCAACUACGCUAUCUAUCUAUCUAAUCCUGCCAACUACGCUAUCUAUCUAUCUAUCUAUCUAUCUAUCUAUCUAUCUAUCUAUCUAUCUAUCUAUCUAUCUAUCUAUCUAUCUAUCUAUCUAUCUAUCUAUCUAUCUAUCUAAUCUCUCCAGCGUGUCCUGGGUCUGCCCCGUGGCCUUCUCCCAGUGGGACAUUCCCGAAACACCCUCCCCCAGGAGGCGUCCAGGGGGCAUCCUGACCAGAUGCCCGAACCACCUCAACUGACUCCUCUCAGUGCGGAGGAGCAGCGACUCUACUUCGAGUCUCUCCCGGAUAACUGAACUCCUCACCCUAUCUCUAAGGGAAAGUCCAGCCACUCUGCGUAGAAAACUCAUUUCGGCCGCUUGUAUCUGUGAUCUUGCUCUUUCGGUUACCACCCAAAGCUCGUGGCCAUAGGUGAGGGUAGGACCGUAGAUCGACUGGUAAAUCGACAGCCUCGCCUUUUGGCUCAGCUCUCUCUUCACCACGACGGACCAUUCCAGAGCCCGCAUUACUGCGGAUGCCGCACCGAUCUGUCUGUUGACCUCCCGCUCCAUUCUUCCCUCACUCGUGAACAAGACCGCGAGAUACUUGAACUCCUCCACUUGAGGCAGUGAUGUGUUCCCAACCCGGAGAGAGCAUUCCACCCUUUUCUGGCUGAGAACCAUGGCCUCGGAUUUAGAGGUGCUGACUCUCAUCCCCGCCGCUUCACACUUGGCUGCAAACCGCUUCAGUGAGAGCUGGAGGUCACUGUCCGAUGAAGCCAACAGAAAGAACCACAUCAGCCGCAAAUAGCAGAGACGAGAUUCGGAGGCCAUCGAACAAGACCCCCUCUUCCCCUUGGCUGCGCCUAGAAAUUCUGUCCAUAAAACUUAUGAAACAAAAAUUCACAUGGAUUAAUUGAUCAAUUAGUGAAACUGAUUAUUGAUUCAUGUAUUGUCAUCAGAAGUGAGUAAGUGUGCAAAAUUUCAUGUCAUUUGGACAAUAGGAAGUGGGUUAAAUAUCGAUUACAAGAUUUGUACUAGACAACAAACAGGUGAAAUGAAAAGAAGCGUGGUAAUAAUAAUAAUAAUAAUAAUAAUAAUAAUAAUAAUGUAAUUUUCAGAGUUAUACAAAAAGGCCUUUUUAUGGAACAAAUAAGGAGUUAACAGCUUUCAGCCUGCCUUGAAAGUUGCAACCAAUUUCUGCAGGUGUCCCAUUUUUGGUUGAUUACUUACAAACCCGCUGUGUGUAUAAAAGCAGAGUUGCUACACACUCUGAAUUGUUAUUUAGAUCAGCUUUGCCUUUUAUCUUUGUACCAUUUCAGGUUAUUCACCGAACCUGAAUUGCUCAAAAUUUAAGUAAUCUUAGGAAAAUGGGGGUGUUCUAAAAGACUGGACCAGUAGUUUCAAAUUUAAAUUUAAAUUCUGUUGUCUAAGGGCAGAAGAGUGGAGCGGUGGGUAGCUCUGCCAUCCCAUGAGUUCCAAUGUCCUAGCUUUUCGGUCAUUGUCUGUGUGGAGUCUACGCGUUUUCCCCUUCCCUCCAGGCACUCGGUUCUGGUUUUCCUCUCCUAUCACCAAACACACGUGUGGUUGAAUUGAUUAGCAAUUCCAAACCGGCCCAUCUGUGUCACUGCGCGUGAAUGGACUCCUGAGACGAAUGGUGAACUCUCCAGGACCGGGUCUCCUGCCUUGGCUCACCAAAAAGGGACUCGGCAAGUUAGAGGAUGUUCCCUUAUGUUAUGUGUGGCCUACGCUUCAUCACAGAAUCACAGGUUUCACUGUCCGAGAUGCUGCAAUAAUGAAGGCCUACUGGAACACGGUCAUCUCCUGGUCAUAAACUUGGAGACAUUUUGAGAAAUUUGUGACAUAUUGCACGUAAAGAGUCACAAAACUGAAUGUUUUAUUCAUCAUCAAACUCCCCCUUCCCAGAAGGCUAUUGUCACCCAGCGCCCCAGAAGCACUAUUUUUGUGGAAAUGCCUGCUUUUAUAUACGUGUUGUCAAUCGUAGAAAACGAAAGGACUGUGCCUAUGACAGUGCUACUGCAACGAAGACGAUGGUCGGAAAAUGAUGUGCACGUUUUUCUGAUAACAUUCCCUGUACUUGUUUUGUAUUUUUAUAAGGGGGUCACACUGUCCAGUCCUCAAGAAUCACUCCGUGUCUUGUGGCUACCUUUCUAUGCUAGCUGGCUUCUCAGUUGUCCAAGACUCUUCUAAUCAUAGGAGAAAUUGGAAAGGUUUGGCCGAAUAUUUUAUAGUCCGAGAAAUUGGAGUUGUUUAUUUUUCUAAGAAUCUAAUGAAGAAGAAGAAGACAAAGACGUGAACAAAAAUGUAUAUGUCGCAACUGGAUAAUGGCGGCUUCGUUUAUGGUGACGCCCAGUGACCCUUGAUGGCUGGAGUUGAUGAUCUUAUAUUUGCAGUAUGCAAAAAAAUGUAAUAACUAAAGAUGUUGUUGAAUGAAAACUGUACAAAUGAUAAAUAUCACUUCUAUCUUUCCCAACAUGUAUUCUUUAGAAUAAGUCACUAGUAAAGAUUCAGCUAUUUAAAAUAAAAAUGUUAACUGGUUUUCCAAAAUAA